CGUCACCAUCCGUCGCCAUCCUCCCCGGCCACGCUUCGGGCCGGCUCCCGGACCCCGCCCCGCCGCCAUGCGGGUCGUCAGCUGGAACAUCAACGGCAUCCGGAGCCCCGCAGCCGCCAUGGGCCGCGUCCUGGAGGCGCUCGGGGCCGAUGUGGUCUGCCUGCAGGAGACCAGAGUCACCCGAGACCUGCUGGAUGAACCCACUGCGAUCGUCGAGGGCUACAAUUCCUACUUUAGCUUCAGCCGCUCCCGAAGUGGCUACUCAGGCGUGGCAACCUUCUGUAAGGACAGUGCCACUCCAGUCGCUGCUGAAGAAGGCCUCUCGGGUCUGCUGGCCAAUAACCAGGGAGCGAUCGGUUGUUACGGAAACACACAAGAGUUUACAGAAGAUGAAUUGAGGGCCUUGGACGGUGAAGGCCGAGCAGUCAUCACACAGCACAGGAUACGCACAUCGGAUAAGCAGGAGAAGGCCCUGACCGUGAUCAACGUUUACUGCCCCCGCGCCGAUCCCGAAAAGCCCGAACGCAAAACCUUUAAGCUGCGCUUCUAUCAUCUCUUGAAGCUGAGGGCCGAAGCCAUCCUGCGUGCCGGCAGCCACGUGAUCAUCUUGGGUGAUGUGAACACGUCGCAUCGACCUAUAGACCACUGCGACCCUUGCGACCCGGAACACUUUGAUGAGAACCCAGGACGCAAGUGGUUAAAUGAGUUCCUGUGGCAACCCGGCAAGGCCCCCGGCGAAGGAGACGUUGCAGACCCUCCCUCUGGAGGAGAUGGCGGGGCAUUUGUGGACAGCUUCCGCUACUUCCAUCCAACCCAAACCAAUGCCUUCACCUGCUGGUCUGUCGCCCAAGGAGCUCGGCACACCAAUUACGGCACCAGGAUAGACUACAUCUUUGGGGACCGGAUCCUGGUGACUAAGGAGUUCGAGGACUCUUUCCUGUUACCAGAGGUGGAGGGCUCGGACCAUUGUCCCGUCGAAGCCGUUCUGAAAAGCACUUUAAUGGCCGCCCCCAAGUGCCCCCCGUUUUGCACCAAGUAUCUCCCCGAGUUUGCAGGGAAACAGCAGAAGCUGUCCCAGUUCUUGGUGAAGUUGGAUCGCAGGGGUGGGACUCACAGCUCUCUGCCGGAUUCCCAGGGGUCCGCGGAGGCGACGGAGGAUACGGCACCACUCGGUAGGCAGGAGAAAAGAAACAGUGCCGAGAAGCCCAAGGUUGCGGUAAAGAAGAACAGAACAAGUUCUAGCAAAGGCCAGGGCACCCUGCUGAGGUUUUUCAAGCCGGGUGAUAAUAGAGGAGAAGAAGAGGUAAAUCCGUCCGAAAAGAUGGGGCCACACCAAGCUGUGCAAGCUCAACAGGCUGUGAUUAGUGUCUCCCAGGCACCGGAGCAUGCUCAGCACGAAGUGGAGACAGCACCAGCUGAGCCCAAAGAGGGCCAGGCAGCAUUUUGGAAGUCCGUUUUUAAGGGCCCCCCUCCGCCUCCACACUGCAAAGGUCACAGCGAGCCCUGUGUGAUGCGGACCGUGAAGAAGGCCGGACCCAACUAUGGCAGGCAGUUCUACGUGUGUGCCCGGCCCGUGGGCCACGCCACCAACCCUGCCGCCCGUUGUGACUUCUUUCUCUGGGUCCCCAAGAAGCAGGCGGCUCCCCGGUGAUGACGGGCGAGUAGCCUGGGUUGGAACUCAAACCACCGGUAGGUUGCAUGCUGCAUAGUCGUGGGAAAUCCAACCCUUCCGAACAAUCCGAGAGAAACCUGGUCCUUUCCCUCCAGGGGACAGAAUAUGGCUAUACAGAAGAGCUUCUUGAGGGUGAUUUGAAAUGGCCAGUAUGUUGCCCGGAACAGGCUUCUCCGGGGCUGAGUGGUGUUAUUCAACCCAGGCUAAUAACUGGAGGAAAAUAGAUCCCUUUCCUUAGGUACAUCUGUGGUUUUUCAGACUACAGUGAGUACUGUCAUUUUAGCCCAGGGCCUGGACUGAACUCUUGAGGUUGCUGGUAAGAAUGUUAUCCCUUAAAUCCUGUUUAUUUUUUUACAAGGAACAUCAAUAAAGCUAUAGUUUUUUUUUUUUAAA